AUGCUGCCAUCAUGGAGGCGGCCCAUCUCAGAUGUAUUGCGGUGCCCAGUCUGGAACAUCAUUCGCCACGGCCAACGAGUUCACUUUUGCCUUUCGGCCGCCUGUGCCAUCAGGCAACGUCCAGGCACUGUGCGAAGGACCCGGAGACACUCUGGUUUACAAGAUGAUGGAGUGGCGGCUACGCUUGAUCGUAUGGCAGACGACAUACCUAAGCCCAAAGCUAAGCAACCGGGGCACGCUGUGAUGAAGCUGCAGCCGUUCGCUGAAAACAUGGCUGUUGAAAAGGCUGCUGAAGAGGCUGCUGAAAAAAUGCAAGACAGGAGCGCAGCCGUGCAACAGGCCAUCAAGGACAUCGCCACAGAUUCACGUUCCCUUGCCUCGUACAAGCUUAUCCGGCAUGGCUCCAUCCACCCCAUCACGACGACGCCGACGCGCGAUGAGACGCACCAGCUCGCCGCCGCCGAGCGCUUCUUCCUGCAUCGCUGCCAGUUCCUCUACUCGGCCGAAGCCCUGCACCACCACGCCCUCAACGUGCACGUGCCCGAGGUUGUCGUUCUUGGCGCCUCCAACGUCGGCAAGUCAUCUUUCCUCAACGCCCUCGUCGGCCGGCCCAGUGCCGCCAGAGUGAGCCAGAGACCCGGGCAUACGACGCUCAUGAACGCCUUCGCCGUGGGUCCACCGCCCAAGACGCCGAGGGAGCUCGUCCGCAAGGGUAGUGCGCCUCCGCGCCACAGCCUCGUCCUUGUUGACACGCCCGGAUAUGGUUUCAGGAGCCAGGCCAGCUGGGGCGAUUCUAUCCUCAAGUACCUUGAGGCGCGCCGCAUGCUCCGCGGCGCCGUCGUUCUUCUCUCGUCCGAGAAGAAGAAGCUGAUGCCUCAGGACAGGUGGCUACUCCAAGUUCUCGCCGAGGCCAACAUGCGUACCCUCGUCGUGCUCACCAAGGCCGACAAGGCGCGCCGCGGUUGGCCUACGGCCUGCGGUACCAUGGCCGAAGCCCUGCUCGACGAACUGGGUGCGCUGAACGAGUCCGUCGGGGGCGCUUGGAGGGCCGACUCCGGUGCUACGUCGGAUGUUUUCAUCACCGCUGCUGGUAUGGAUAGCCCGGGCAGGAUCGGCAACGGCGGCGGCAUCGGUGCUGUCCGCGCCGGAAUUCUCGAAAUCGCCGGCUUUACCAUCGACGACAAGGUGACGGAGAAAGCCGAGGCUGUGAACUACAGCGGCCCCAUCGUCUCCUUUGAAGACCUUCAGUGGAAGUGA